UGGUGUGUGCAUAUCCUUUGUGAAUAUGGCAACAAAUGGCUCAAUGUUCAACACAACCACAGACGAUUACUACGAUGACAAUUAUCAAGAGGAAAUGUGCAACACAAAAGGUGUCAACAAGUUUGGAGCGGUCUUCACUCCAGUUUUCUUCUCCAUUGUGAUCAUCCUCAGUCUGUUGGGCAACAUCCUGGUCAUUGUGAUUCUGGCCAAGUAUGAGAAUCUCAAAUCCCUCACCAACGCUUUCAUCCUGAACCUGGCUGUAUCGGAUCUCUUCUUCACCACAGGUCUGCCCUUCUGGGCCUACUCUCACAUGUAUGGAUGGACUUUAAGGGAACAUGCAUGCAAAAUAGUCAACUUUGUCUUCUACAUUGGCUACUACAGCAGCGGUAUCCUCCUUAUCCUGAUGACUGCUCACCGUUAUGUAGCUGUCAUGAAUCCUCUGUCUAACAUUGUGUCCACCACAGGCUCCUACAGUGUUGUAGCAUGUGUGAUCAUUUGGGCAGUGAGUAUAUUGGUCGCCAGUCCAGCCUUCAUCUUCACCAAAGUUGAGCAGAAUCACUGUGUAAAUGCAAAUUCAUACUGGAGCUUAUGGGGAAUUUACCAGCAAAAUAUUCUCUUCAUAGUGAGCUCAGUGGUGUUCAUGUUUUGCUAUUCUCAGAUCAUGUGCAGGUUGCUGCGUCCAACUGCCCAAAGAAGAAAGAACAAAACUUUAAAACUCAUUUUUACUCUCAUGGUUGUUUUCUUCGUGGGCUGGGCGCCUUACAAUAUAGUGCUAUUUCAAAAGUCAUUGUAUUUAUGGCCCCAACCACCUGCGGACUCAGAGACUGUGGCUGAAAUGUGUAAAACAUCAGAACGACUGAAUUACGCCAUUUACAUUAGCCAACUUUUUGCCUUUUCACACUGCUGCCUCAACCCUGUAUUUUAUGUGUUUGUUGGGAUUAAAUUCAAAAACCACUUGAAGAAAAUGCUGAAGGGCUGGGGCCACAGCAAUAGCAGCAUCCGCAAUAGGCAAAGCCGACUCACAAUCACAUCGCUAACAAGUGGUGAAGAGUUCUCAAUUGGAUAUGAUACUGUUGGUGUGGAAGACCUGGUGCAAUUCACCACAAGAUGUGACAGACGUCGUUCAAGAAAACCUACAAUGGCAAACAACUCCACAGGGAGCGACGGAGGUGUGAACAACAGCAGUAAUUUGGGGUAUCUUAAUGAUGAGACGUUUACCAUUAACACCAUCAUUGGUGCCUUCUUCAUUUUGCUCUUCAUCUUCAGUGUCAUGGGAAACAGUCUCCUGUUAUGUGUUCUUGUCGUCUACGAGAACCUGAAAAAUGUCACAAAUCUAUUUAUCCUGAACCUGGCCUGCUCUGAUUUGAUCUUCACUGUUACACUUCCAUUCUGGGCCGUCUACCGCCUGCACCACUGGAUCUUCGGUAACUUUGCCUGCAAAUGUAUGACUCUGUUAUACUAUCUAGGUUUUUACAGUAGCAUCAUUCUACUGACUGCCAUGACUGUGGAUCGUUUCAUAAUAGUGGUGCUGCACAACUGGCCAAGCAAGCCUGUAAGGAGGCAGAGGUGUGCAAUGGUUGCCUGUGCAGCUGCCUGGGCCAUCAGCAUUGCUGCAUCCGUGAGUGAUACUAUCAAAGUAAAUGAGAAAAUCCACUUGCAAGGUGUGGCAACAUGUGAGGAUCACUCUGAAGACAAUCAUGUAAAACUCGGAUAUUAUCUCCAAGUGUCACUGCUCUUUUUCCUCCCAUUUGCCAUUGUUGUUUUCUGCUAUUCUGCCAUCCUCAAGACAGUUUUGCAGGCAACAAACAGAAAAAGGCACAGGACUGUAGUGAUGGUGUUAUGUAUUGUUGCAGCCUUCUUCAUCUGCUGGGGACCUUACAAUAUAUUGCUUUUCAUCUGCAAUUUGUAUGAAUCCGAAAGCCUUAAUGAGGAACACCUUGACAUUGCGUAUGAAAUUUGUCGUGUACUUGCUUAUUCUCACUGCUUUAUGAACCCUCUGCUCUAUAUGCUCUCACAAAAGUUCCGAAGGUAUCUUUUGGAUCUUUUUCGCUGCGAGAAGGCAAGGAGGAAGAACAGGGAGAGAGGAACUGGCCAGAGCACUUCUGUUUUUCAGAAUGUAGCUUUUACAGCACACAACUCUACUGUUAUGUUGGAACUACACUCCAAGUAG